AUGGCACCUUCCUCGACCAUCGCCGAGAUCACUUCGUCUGAUCUCGAAGCGCUCCACCCUCCUGCGACUGCAAAGAUUACAAACGUCAAGCACCUUGCCUCGUACAGCUGGAUUGAAGCCGGGCAGCCCACGAUUGCCGUCCCGGGUAGCCCAGCACUUUGGACUGCUCCACAGGGCUCCCGAAAAGUCAAGAAGGACACGGGUUUCUACUACAUUGCCCAAAAUGCGGCACGCCAUCCAGACAGUCCCCUGGAGCCUCUGUUCCGCGCUUUGUAUGUCGAGCAUCCGUCCUUUGACAUUCGCUCGGUGGACAUUGUGACCGACAGAAACAACAUGCGAAAGUUGCUUGCCUUUGUCAACCCAAGCAUGAACCGGUACGCAAAGGAGCCGUUUACGAUCCAGACCGAAGUGAACAACACGACUGUCAUAUUCUGCCGAGCAGAGACGGACACUACGCAGGUGAUUCUACCUUGGGAGUUCCGGGGCUACGGCCACGAGUUUGAAAAAGCAUACACCACAGAGCAGAUCACCGGCGGCACGGGGCACCAUCGCAUCAUCUCGUAUCAGUUUGGCGGUCUCGACUUUAUCGUUCGCUACGAGACGGACGGCUAUGUCUCUGCCAACCCUCUGCAGUCUGCGAGCAACAAGUCAAAGGCGAUGAAAAGUGACGACCUCUCUGGUUUGAUGGAAUCGUUGUCCCUCGCCCAACCUGGUGGUCCCUCGGCCGAUGCUGUAUCUGCCACACCCACGCACGCAACGACAGCCACACCAACGAAACUUACGAUCCAACUGCAAGGCCAGCUCGUGCCUCCGGACUCCCUCGUCGAGAUCAAGACCCGCGCCGCCCACAAACGCCUCGCCAUCCACGACGUGGCACCGCAGCUCUGGAUCGCCCAGACGCCCAAGCUUGUGCGAGCGUAUCACGACAGGGGCAUUUUCCCGAAGCCGCAAGUGGAGGAUGUAGCAACCGACAUCACACAAUGGGAAGACGCCCAACAGGCCGAUCUGAGAAAGCUGGCUGCAUUGGUCGCCAGAAUUGUCCUGGUCACGCGGGAACGGGGAGGGCAUGCCACACUCCAAUACGACCCAACCAAAGGGCACAAGCUGGUGAUUCGCAGCGUCGACCAGGACAUGGUGCUGCCCAAGGACCUAUACUUGAAAUGGGGUGCGGUGGACGGUCCCGGAAAAGAAAAGACGCCGGAUCAAAAGGUAUUCUACGUGGGUCAAGGUCCCCAGGAGGCGGGCCAACAUGUAUUACAAAAUCCCCGCUAA